AUGAAGACGUGUCUCAUAUUGGCCCUUCUAGCGCACUCCAUCGCCUGUGAAGCGUUCUAUACUACUUCAUCUCAGCCGACCUAUCAACCGGAGACCUACACACUCGCAGCCAGCGGUCCAGUGCCUCUGAAUAAUGCUACAGUUUAUAAAUUGUCAUCCGAUGGAAGCAGUCCUGCCAUUUUCAUUCUAGACUAUGGUAAAAAUGUGGAAGGAUACGCUACGUUUGAGGUGACCCAACAGAGUGGCAAUACCUCAAUUUUUGAGAUGUCAUAUGGCGAGACACGCGAGGCUUUGGACGUGUAUAUGGCCGAUGGUCCUAUCCCCCUAUCAGCAGCUAUGGACACCUAUCGUAUCAAUCGAUACAACAUCAGCCAGCCGACCGUGCAAGUUAACCGCCUAAUUCAGGGAGCUCUGCGAUAUCAGAAACUAAACCUGUCUAGCGCAGGGGAGCUUGAAGUUACAGCUGUAGGAUUCAAGCCGACCGUCGAUAAUACCCCCGUGUCUGAUCUGCCAGGUUCUUUUGCGUGUUCAGACCCUGUGCUGAAUCGCAUCUGGAAUGCUGGUGCUCGUACCGUCCAGCUGAAUGAAUUCCCUGCCAACUCACUCCCAGAUUCCUGGGUAAUUGCUGAUGAAGGCGCAUUUAUUGAUAGCCUGAGUCCUCACCAUCUUCAUAUCUAUCAUCAUGGUCUUGCUUAA